AGGGGGAAGUAGUUCAUUGGCUAGCCUGCUCUCUCUAUGCAGCCUGCAGAAAGGGCUCCACGCCCACUGUGGGUAAGGGAGUGAUGGAAGGCAACUGUGUGUCCCUGACUCGAAUACUCAGGACGUCGAAACUGAGGUCAGUAAUGAGAGGCUUGGUCCCCAAACCUCCCACAUCGUGUCUACAGCGCCUUCAGAAAGUAUUCACACCCCUUGACUUUUUCCACUUUUUGUUAUGUUACAGCCUGAAUUUUAAAUGAUUUAAGUUGAGACUUUUUUUCACUGGCCUACACACAAUACCCCAUAAUGUCAAAGUGGAAUUAGUAUGUAUUUUUAUUUCUUCAUUUUAUUAUUAAUAAAACAAUUAUUCAACCCCUUUGUUAUGGCAAGCCUAAAUAAGUUCAGGGGUAAACAUUAUCUUAAGUCAUAUAAGUUGCACGGACUCACUCUGUGUGCAAUAAUAGUGUUUAGCAUAAUUUUUGAAUGACUACCUUAUCUCUGUACCCCACACAUAAAAUUAUCUGUAAGGUCCCUUGAGUCGAGCAGGGAAUUUCAAACACAGAUCAACCACAAAGACCAGGGAGGUUUUCCAAUGCCUCGCAAAUAAGGACACCUAUUGGUAGAUGGGUAGAAAAAAAAUAAAAGACAUUCAAUAUCCUUUUGAGCAUGGCGAAAUUGUUAAUUACACUUUGGAUGGUGUAUCAAUACACCCAGUCACUACAAAGAUACAGGCAUCCUUCCUAACUCAGUUGUCGGAGAGGAAGGAAACCGCUCAGGGAUUUCACAAUGAGGCCAAUGGUGACUUUAAAACAGUUACAGAGUUUAAUGGCUGUGAUAGGAGAAAACUGAUGGAUCAACAACAUUGUAGUAACUCCACAAUCCUAACAUAAUUGACAGUGAAAAGAAGGAAGCCUGUACAUAAUACCAAUAUUCCAGAACUUGCAUCCUGUUUGCAACAAGGCACUAAAGUAAUACUGCAAAAUGUGGGAAAGCAAUUACCUUUUUGUCCUGAAUACAAAGUGUUAUGUUUGGGUCAAAUUUAAUACAACACAUGACUGAGUACCACUCUCCAUAUUUUCAAGCAUAGUGGUGGCUGCGUCAUGUUAUGGGUAUGCUAGUAAUCCAUGUGUGCAAAGCUAUUAGGGACUUAGCCAGAAAGACUCACAGCUGUAAUCACUGCCAAAGGUGAUUCUAACCAGUAUUGACUUGGGGGUGUACAUACAGUGGGGAGAACAAGUAUUUGAUACACUGCCAAUUUUGCAGGUUUUCCUACUUACAAUGCAUGUAGAGGUCUGUAUUUUUAUCAUAGGUGCACUUCAACUGUGAGAGACAGAAUCUAAAACAAAAACCCAGAAAAUUACAUUUGUAUGAUUUUUAAGUAAUUAAUUUGCAUUUUAUUGCAUGACAUAAGUAUUUGAUCACCUACCAACCAGUAAGAAUUAUGGCUCUCACAGACCUGUUAGUUUUUCUUUAAGCCCUCCUGUUCUCCACUCAUUACCUGUAUUAACUGCACCUGUUUGAACUCGUUACCUGUAUAAAAGACACCUGUCCACACACUCAAUCAAACCGACUCCAACCUCUCCACAAUGGCCAAGGCCAGACAGCUGUGUAAGGACAUCAGGGAUAAAAUUGUAGACCUGCACAAGGCUGGGAUGGGCUACAGGACAAUAGGCAAGCAGCUUGGUGAGAAGGCAACAACUGUUGGCGCAAUUAUUAGAAAAUGGAAGAAGUUCAAGAUGACGGUCAAUCACCCUCGGUCUGGGGCUCCAUGCAAGAUCUCACCUCGUGGGGCAUCAAUGAUCAUGAGGAAGGUGAGGGAUCAGCCCAGAACUACACGGCAGGACCUGGUCAAUGACCUGAAGAGAGCUGGGACCACAGUCUCAAAGAAAACCAUUAGUAACACACUACGCCGUUAUGGAUUAAAAUCCUGCAGCACACGCAAGGUCCCCCUGCUCAAGCCAGCGCAUGUCCAGGCCCGUCUGAAGUUUGCCAAUGACCAUCUGGAUGAUCCAGAGGAGGAAUGGGAGAAGAUCAUGUGGUCUGAUGAGACAAAAAUAGAGCUUUUUGGUCUAAACUCCACUCGCGUGUUUGGAGGAAGAAAAAGGAUGAGUACAACCCCAAGAACACCAUCCCAACCGUGAAGCAUGGAGGUGGAAACAUCAUUCUUUUGGGGAUGCUUUUCUGCAAAGGGGACAGGACGACUGCACCGUAUUGAGGGGAGGAUGGAUGGGGCCAUGUAUCGCGAGAUCUUGGCCAACAACCUCCUUCCCUCAGUAAGAGCAUUGAAUAUGGGUCGUGGCUGGGUCUUCCAGCAUGACAACGACAGCCAGGGCAACUAAGGAGUGGCUCCGUAAGAAGCAUCUCACGGUCCUGGAGUGGCCUAGCCAGUCUCCAGAUCUGAACCCAAUAGAACAUCUUUGGAGGGAGCUGAAAGUCCGUAUAUUGCCCAUCGACAGCCCCGAAACCUGAAGGAUCUGGAGAAGGUCUGUAUGGAGGAGUGGGCCAAAAUCCCUGCUGCAGUGUGUGCAAACCUGGUCAAGACCUACAGGAAACGUAUGAUCUCUGUAAUUGCAAACAAAGGUUUCUGUACCAAAUAUUAAGUUCUGCUUUUCUGAUGUAUCAAAUACUUAUGUGGUCCUCUGUAGCUCAGCUGGUAGAGCACGGCGCUUGUAACGCCAAGGUAGUGGGUUCGAUCCCCGGGACCACCCAUACACAAAAAUGUAUGCACGCACGACUGUAAGUCGCUUUGGAUAAAAGCGUCUGCUAAAUGGCAUAUUAUAUUAUAUUAUAUUAUUAUUAUGUCAUGCAAUAAAAUGCAAAUUAAUUACUUAAAAAUCAUACAAUGUGAUUUUCUGGAUUUUUGUCUCUCACAGUUGAAGUGUACCUAUGAUAAAAAUUACAGACCUCUACAUGCUUUGUAAGUAGGAAAACCUGCAAAAUCGGCAGUGUAUCAAAUACUUGUUCUCCCCACUGUACGUACAGUUCCAGUCAAAUGUUUGGACACACCUACUCAUCCAAGGGUUUUCUUUAUUUUUACAAUUUUUUUACAUUGUAGAAUAAUAGUGAAGACAUCAAAACUAUGAAAUAACACAUGUAAUCAUGUAGUAACCAAGUGUUAAACAAAUCUAAAUAUAUUUUGUAUUUGAGAUUCUUCGAAGUAGCCACCCUUUGCCUUGAUGACAGCUUCGUUCACUCUUGGCAUUCUCUCAACCAGCUUCAUGAGGUAGUCACUUGGAAUGCAUUUCAAUUAGCACGUGUGCCUUGUUAAUUUGUGGAAUUUCUUUCUUUCCUUAAUGCGUUUGAGCCAAUCAGUUUUGUUGUGACAAAGGAAGGGUGGUAUACAGAAGAAAGCCCUAUUUGGUAAAAGACCAAGUCCAUAUUAUGGCAAGAACAGCUCAAAUAAGCAAAGAUGAAUGAUAGUCCAUCAUUACUUUAAGACAUGAAGGUCAGUCAAAACGGAACAUUUCAAGAACUUUGAAAGUUUCUUCAAGUGCAGUCGCAAAAACCAUCAAGCGCUAUGAUGAAACUGUCUCUCAUGAGGACCGCCACAGGAAAGGAAGACCCAGAGUUACCUCUGCUGCAGAGGAGAAGUUCAUUAGUGUUACCAGCCUCAGAAAUUGCAGCCCAAAUAAAUGCUUCACAGAGUUCAAGUAACAGACAUCUCAACAUCAACUGUUCCGAGGAGACUGCGUGAAUCAGGCCUUCAUGGUCAAAUUGCUGCAAAGAAACCACUACUAAAGGACACCAAUAAGAAGAGACUUGCUUGGGCCAAGAAACAUGAGCAAUGGACAUUAAACUGGUGGAUAACUGUCCUUUGGUCUGAUGAGUCCAAAUUUGUGGAUUUUGGACGCCAACCACCGUGUCUUUGUGAGACGCAGACUAGGUGGAGGGAUGAUAUCCGCAUAUGUGGAUCCCACCGUGAAGCAUGGAGGAGGAGGUGUGAUGGUGUGGUGGUGCUUUGCUGGUGACACUGUCUGUGACUUAUUUAGAAUUCAAGGCAAACUUAACAAGCAUGGCUACCGCAGCGAUAUGCCAUCCCACCUGGUUUGCGCUUAGUGGGACUAUCAUUCGUUUUUCAACAGGACAAUGACCCAAAACACACCUCCAGGCUGUGUAAGGGCUAUUUGACCAAGGAGAGUAAUGGAGUGCUGCAUCAGAUGAUCUGGCCUCCACAAUCACUCGACCUCAACCCAAUUGAGGUGGUUUGGGAUGAGUUGGACCGCAGAGUGAAGGAAAAGCAGCCAACAAGUGCUCAGCAUAUGUGAGAACCCCUUCAAGACUGUUGGAAAAUCAUUCCUCAUGAAGCUGGUUGAGAGAAUGCCAAGAGCGUACAAAGCUGUCAUCAAGGCAAAGGGUUGCUACUUUGAAGAGUCUCAAAUAUAUUUUAAUUUGUUUAAUGUUUUUUUUGGUUACUACAUGAUUCCAUAUGUGCUAUUUGAUAGUUUUAAUAUCUUCACUAAAUAGUAAAAAUAAAGGAAAACCCUUGAAUGAGUAGGUUUGUCCAAACUUUUUACUGGUGCUGUAUAUAGAUAUUUUUGUAUUUAGUUUUCAAUACAUUUGCAAAAAUUUUUUAACAUUUUCGCUUGGUUAUUGUGUUUAGAUUGGUGAGAAACCCCACAAUGUAAUCCAUUUUGAAUUCAGGCUUUAACACAAAAUAUGUAAUAAGUCAAGGGUAUGAAUACUUUCUGAUGGCACUGUUUAUGUGCACUAUAUGAUUCUUUCCAUAACUCAUAAGUUAAUGUCAUUUAUUUUCAUACAUUGGUUUCAGUUUGAUUCAGUUCUUCAACAAGAUGAAGAAAUGGUCGGAUAUGUCCAACUUAUCUCAGGAAUUUCGGAAUCGCAUGGGCCGCCUGGAGAGAACCUUUGAAGUGUCAACUGUGAUCUUUCGGAAGUUUGAGCCCAUAUUCAUGGACAUGUUCCAGGAUCCUCAAGGGGAGCCCCCACGACAGCCUAGAAGCAGAAAACACAGGUAUAGGCCUACACAUUCUCUCUCUCUAGCCCCAUUUCUUUGUCUGCCUCGAUCUCUCUCUCUCUUUGUCUGUGUCUCUUUGUCUGUGUCUCUUUGUCUGUGUCUCUUUGUCUGUGUCUCUGUCUCGCAGUCUCUGUCUGUCUCUCUCUGCCUGUGUAUGUCUCGGUCUCUCUCUCUCUCUCUCUCUCUCUCUCUCUCUCUCUGUCUAUCUGCCUCUGUCUUACUGACUCGCUCUGUCUUUCUGACACCUGUCUGAGUGGACUGAUCCAUUGUGGAGGCUGUGGGGAUGGCACAGUCCAUCAGUGUAAGACGUGCUACUAAAAUUGUAUAUGGUUAUAUUACAUAAGAACAGUGGUGCAACACUAAUAAAAAUAUGAUUUAAUUUAUAACUGCGCUUUCUCCCGCGUUGGAUAGUGGUCGCUGUCCGCGGUUCUGAAACGCAUCAGUGCGCUGUUGAAUUGGCACCUUUUCCUAGACCAUGUUGCUAUGUGCAUAAUAGCAAAGUUAACCAGCAUAUUGGUGUUGAGAACAAUGCGGCAGAGGCAGCAGCGGAAUGAGGAGAUGAGAAAACAGCCCUUGCCUUAUUGUCUAAGAAAAGUGAGGAAACCAGAAAUUAGGUCUAUAAUCAAUAGCCUAACUGUUAAACGUGCCUGGAUUUAUAAAUCGUCAAUAUAUCUACAGAACUAAGACGGAUCCUGCUUCUGUUGCCUGUUUGAGUGUUUGUUUAAUAGCCUAUUGAUUCCGUGAGCACCAAGCCUCACGCAAUGACAUGUCAAGUAAACAAUUCGGCUGUUUUUAACCGUUACUUUGCUGUAAUAAAGUCUUUAAACUUUGUUUCUGUUAGAACAGCCUCUUUGGUAUUAUUUAUCAUUUAUUUCGUGUUUACACUGUUUCAAAUAUAUUAAUAAUAAUACUCAUUUUUCUUGAUCUCAUUAUUGUUACUAUUAUUAUUAUUAUGAUCAUAAGUAAUGUCAUCAUUAGUAGGCUUAGUAUAGCAGCCUUGUAUAACCACCAUUGAGCUGUAGGCCUAAGAGCCCAUCCUGUUUAGUCUUAAUACCGUAACUUACAUAGGCCUAUAUUUAAAUACUUAUAUAGGCUACUGUAUCAAUCAAUAAUUCAUUAGUUCAUGUCACAGCAUACGAGUCAUUCAUGAUUUGAAAUGGAAUCAAGCAUUUUAGUUUUAAAAUAAAGCGAGCGUUGAAUAAUUAGCUUAAACAAUAAAUAAAUCGUUCCAUUUCGGGAAAUUGCAUUCACGAAUGAAUGCGACUGUUUUUAGUCUUUGCUGUAAUAAAGGCAUAGAAAAAAACUAUACAACAGACUCUCUGGUACACUUAUAAUUUAUUUAGUGUUUACAUUGUUCCAAACGGUCAGACAAAUUAUGUUGUAAUCUAUACAGCACCUGUUUGGCACACAUAAUAUGCACACAGCACUUGAUCCUUACCAUAUUUUUCUUUAUCUCCAUUAUUUUCCACAACUAGUCAAAUUGAUUCCACAUAUCGGACUUUCCCUUUACCUCCUGAGCAACCAGUAAACAUUCCCCGUUUCAAGUUUAUUUGUCACGUCCUCUGCAUCUACUUUGCUGUCAUGUGUUACGGUGUUCAGAGUUUGUUAUAACCAAUUUAUUGAUGUGAUUAUGAUAUGCUAUAGGUCCUAUUGUGCCCUAUUCACAUUUAGUUUUACUGGGGGAAGUCGGGGAAUGUAAUUAUGUGCUCGAGCACAAAAUCCCACAUUUGUACUUUUAGUCCCGCCCGAAUCUGCCAUGGCAGUAAUUUUUUACAUGGCAGAAGAGUAACAAUUCCAGCCAGAAUAACCUACUCUAAGGUCCUCUGAUAAUACUAGUGCCGUUUGAAUUGGCAUCCCUGUGUUUUAAGAGAAAUGUCUGAGUUUGACAGGUGUUGCUUGCUGUUUGCGCAAGAAAACUGAUUCAGUAAAUUUAACUGCGCAUAAGCUAUAUAUACGAAUGUCCUACAAGUAGCCUAUCAACUUUCAGUGAAUGCUUUUGUUGAUAUGUUUUCUGCAUAUGAAUUGAAUAUUGCCAAAUGCAUCAGUAAAAAAUAUUGAGCCUAUUUAAUGCAACCCUUGCUGUUAAUAGAUCGCAAAGCAACAUACAACCAAACUAAACUUUUGGAAAUUAUAAGUAAACUUUGUCAUCCAUAGCCUUAAAACGCAUCUCAAGUGCAAUUGCACAGUUUUUAGCUCAAAUCUAAAGGCUGGGGGGCAUUUAGGAUGUACUGCGGAUUGCUCAAAUAUCCUAAUGAUUAUGAUCACACUUCCUCAAUUAAAAUAUUAUGGCGACACUAUACCAAAGAUGGUUUGCUAUGGUUUAAAAACUUGGGAACCAAGCUUGAGUUAUCAGUGUGGCCCUAUCACCUGGACAUGUGGCAAUACUGUAUCUUCACACCUAGAAUAAGAACCUCCAGGCUUCCGUCAUAACUGUCUAUUUGUUUUAAAAAAUAAAUACAGGGGCAGUUUGGAAAAAAUGUAUCCCGUCCGACUCGUCCUCUGGAAUAACGGACAUUCUUGAGUAAUAAUUGCAUAACCAACGUUCUCUAGUAAUACUAGUCCCAUGUGAAUAGGUCUUUGGUCACGUGCAUGCAAUGCAUACAUGUGUCACGUAAAGAGAGCAAGGGUUGAGGGAAUAGGAAAUGUUUUUCCUAAACAAAUGAGUGAUAUCAGUAACAGAACUUUUCAGUCAGAAAUGGCUGUAAUUAUGUUGCAGCUUCAGCAACACGGACAGCGAUUAACACUGAUGUUCUGUGGUGGUCGCUGCAGCUGGGAGGAGAGCGAGACAACGGGUGCUAGUCACACAGUCACUCGCUGUCUCUUUUUUAACACAGGUCUGAGCACAAUCAAAUCAAUUGCUGGUCAGACUCCCUCUAUUCAUUUGUGUGUCUUAAUUAUUUAAUCAAACAGUGUGCUUAAAGCAUCAGACAAGCUCAGUGAAUAUAGUUGAUUUGAUUAAAACGCAUAGGAUGUGUCAAUAUAUUUCGACCAAUCGAUUGGUGUGUCUCUCGCUCUCUCUGUCCCUUUCUGUCUGCCUCGGUCUGUCCCUCUCCCUCGGUCUCACUGUUUGUCUGUCUGUGUCUGUCUGCCUCUGUCCAUCUGACCAAUUGAUUUGUGUGUCUCUGUCCCUUUCUUUCUGUCUGCCUCGGUCUGUCCCUCUGUCUCCCUGUCUGUCUGUCUCUGUCCCUCUUUGUCUGUUUGUCCCUCUGUCUGUCUCUCUGUCUGUUUCGCUGUAUCUCGGUCUCCCUCUUGUGUCUGCCUCUGUCUCUCUCUCUCGCUGUCUGUCUGCCUCGGUCUGUCUCUUUCGGUCUCUCUGUCUGUCUCUAUCUCGGUUUGUCUGUCUCUUUCUGUCUGUCUCAGUCCUUCUGCCCUCUCGCUCUCUCUGUCUCGCUCGCUUUCUUCAUGUCUCUGUCUGUCUGCCUCUGUCCGUCUCCCUCAUCUGUGUGUGUGUGUCUUUAUCUGUCUCGCUCUCGCUGUAUGUCUGCCUCUGUCUGUCAAUCGCGGUCUUUUGCUCUCUCUGGCUGUCUCUGUCUCUCUUUCGCUCUCUCUCUGUCUGUUUCUCUGUCUCUUUACCAAAUAGAUAUCUCAUCACGUUUGAAAUAUUGAUUGCAAGUUUCAGACGACUGCAUGAAAUGUUACCUAUGACAUCCCAUAACCCCCCUCUCACUAUGUUAGGCGCCUGCCCUGUCACGUCAGUGAUGUAUUCAAAUUCUGCUGGACCCUGUUUGUGUACACUAAAGGUAAGCUAGGAAAUGUAAUCGGUUCUCUUUUAACAUGUUUUAACCAAUGUGGGAAAUUCUGUUUUAAUUUAACCCAAUGCCUUCAGUCCCACCUAUUAGUGACAUAAUCUACUCCCUGAUCAUAGGAAAUUUCCGUAUGAUUGGCGAUGACUUGGUGAACUCAUACCACCUCCUGCUCUGCUGCUUGGACUUGGUGUUUGGAAAUGCCCUGCUGUGCUCCAACAGGAAAGACCUUGUCAACCCACUUUUCAAAGGUAGCAUGUUAUGAUUGACGUAAAAGUAAUUUACAACCAAUAACAAAACACAGCUACUUUAUAAAAGGUAAUCAAUAAAAUGAAACAAGCUGAUGGCACUCAUUUGACUUCAACUCAUUCAAACUUGAAUUAUGAACAAAUAGCAUUAUAGUUUUGAAUAUGAGAGAAAUGGAGAAAGGGGCAGAUUAAUCAGGAGCAACAUGACAUACUGAAGAGUGGAGACAAACCAAGGCUUCCUUUGUCCUCAGGCUUGCCCAGCAUCUUCAGGUUGGAAAACAACACCCCGGAGGAGCCGCCAUGUGUCAUCGACCGGCUGUGUGAGCUACACGACGGCUUGGUGGUGGAGGCCAAGGGCAUCAAGGAGCACUACUUCAAGCCCUACAUUAAAAGGCUCUUUGAGCGGCAGGUGAGACCCCUCAUUAAAACAAUGACGACCUGCCGUCUGGUGGAGGACUGUGGUGGGUUAAAGCGACCGUGCCACACACACACACAAAAGCUCAAUAAUGUACACAUUCCAUAAUCCAACCACACACCCUUACGCAUAAAAUGUUCACUCAAACACACACAGCCACAUGCCCCCCAGCCAAGGUUAUUUCUAGUCUUCUGUCAGUCAUUCUGUGGAAGGAUUCCCUCAUUCACAGCACAUGAAUACUGAUGCCGACAUAAUUAAUUUUGAAUAUAGUAAAUCCUGUGGGAGAUAGUAAUUGGAUCCUUUUUGUCUGAACUAGAAUAAAGAGAUCCUUGAAAAGAUGGGAAAACUGCAUCAGUCCCUUUUGAUCCCUGCGACGGAACUGUUGAGCCUCCCCAGGGCCCAGUGUGUCGAUUCAUUCAUUAUCUUCUCCUCCAGAUUCUUAAAGGGAACGAGGAUCUGCUGACAGAUCUACUGGAUCCACCAAACUUCAUAGAUAACAAGUGAGUUUAUUGGAUCCUAAUCUGUCAUUUUUAGAGGUGCCUAGAAUGUUAUCACACUCGGUCACGUUUGAAACGUCUUCUUGUGUUUUUAACGUUGCUUGCUUAUGGUCUGAUAUCGUGUGUUCGCCACCCAGUAAAGCGAUAAACCGGGAGUAUGAGGAAUACGUGCUGACUGUGGGGGACUUUGACGAGAGGGUGUUCCUGGGGGCGGACGCCGACGAGGAGAUCGGGACGCCCAGGAAGGCUGCACCAGAGCUCCGGACCUGCCAGCUGUCAGCCCGCAUGCAGGUGGAGAGCAACCUGCAACAGCACUUUGAGAAGGUAGAUGGCUGAAUCCAGUUACAUUCUUAAAACUGAAAAUCAACAGGGAUGAUGCACAUUUAUCUCACUAUCUCUGCAAACUAACUGAACAGAGGUGUUUUUUCCUGAUUAUUUAUCAAAUAUAGAUUUUUCAAAUUAUAUUGCCACAUACCGCUUAAAAUGUUUUGCUCAUUGUCUUGUCUGUGUUGGCCACAUCUUUGCUAAUGUCAUCUCGCUAAAUAAUCAUUGCGUGAAUAAAAUGUGAAAAAGAGUGAUUCCACUCUCAGGGUGUUUACCAUCCCAUUUCAAUCGCUAAUCAAAAUCCCCUCUGACUUUAAGGCGCUUAAACAGAGAUCAUUUGAGAGAUCAAAUAAAACCUUGUUCUGUCGUGUGUGUGUGUGCAGAAGCGCACCCUGGCCCCCUCCACUCCUCUGACGGGCAGACGUUACCUGAAGGAGAAGGAGCUGCUGGUAACCCCUGUGUCCUCGGCCACGCAAAGCGUCAGCCGACUCCAGAGCAUGGUCUCAGGCCUGCGUAGCGCCCCCAGCGAGGCCCUGAUGCAGAUAUUCCAGUAAGCUCACAUCCACUGCCUCAAAUGUCCAUUAGAGUGUAUAGGGCCAUUUUCAUGAAUGGAGAAUCUCAAUUGAAAGUGUGUUUUAGUCCAGGACUGGGUUUAUAACCAUGGUCUGGGAAACCAUCCCUACAUGUUAAAUAGUUUGUGUAAGCUAGGCAUGUUCAUCUGGUUUGGGUCAAUUGCAUUACAAUUCAGUCAAUUCAGGAAGUAAACAGAAAUUCCAAUUCCAAUUUUCCCAUUGAAAUAUAAUUUCCCCCAACCGUGAUUGGUUGAUCAAUCAAGUCCCAGGGAGAAGAGAAACAUAGAGGCCACUACGACUUGAAUUGGAAGGUAUGUGGUGUUUAACUGUUUUGGCCCUGUGACUUGUUCACAUGUAGGUCAUGUUCGCGGGACCCCACCGAAGCCAUUCUGAGCAGAGUGAAAACCCUGGGACAGACGUUCAAGCAACAUUACACAAAGGACUCAGAGGAGCUGCCUGGAUCACACAUGGGUGAGAUACCAGACACCAAUACAGAUGGAAUACAUUGAGCAUGCAGAAAUAGGAAUGAAAUACGCUUGGAGAAGGGGUACAUCACAAAUGUCAAAAAGUGGACUUAGUACGCAACUGCUCCAACACUCUUUUGCAAUUUACCGUAAACAGUGUUCUGUCAAAAACAUGCCUCCAAAAAUGACGAGGUGUUUCCAGUUGUUUACAUUAAAUCUAUUGUGUGUAUUCCGCUUUCCAUGCAUAUUACUUCUACUGUUGAACAGACAAAAAGCAGACACAAGACCACAGUAUGAAAAUGUAUGCAUUCACUAACUGUAAGUCGCUCUGGAUAAGAGCGUCUGCUAAAUGACUAAAAUGUAAAUGUAAAUGUAUUUCGUUAAAAUAAUGGGUAAUUGAAAGCUUGUAUGUUCUUCCUAAUGCCAUUUAUUGGCCCCCUUUGUUCAGAUUUUGCUGAGAACAGGAUGAAGCUGGCUGAAAUCCUCUAUUACAAGAUCCUCGAGAACGUCAUGGCCCAGGAGACAAGGAGGCUACACGGCAAAGACAUGGCUGUAAGUUACACUGGGUCGUGUUCAUUAGGUAUACACUGUAGAUAAAAUGAAAACUGAAAGUGUUUCUUAUUGGACAAGUUCAGAUAGUGCCUCUCUGUUUCACACCGUUAUCUUCUGUUUCGUGCUAUGGCACGCAUACAUAUGGUAACUAACGCCUACAGAUAUGAAGAAUAGCUAAGGUGUGAUUAGCAUAAAAUAAGGUAUGACGGUGCAUCAGACUGUUGUACGUUCAAUGUGCUACUGAUUGAACAUUGUAGGUGCUGCUGGAGCAGGACAUAUUCCACUGCUCUCUGAUGGCCUGCUGUCUGGAGGUGGUUCUCUUUGCCUACAGCUCCCAGCGCACCUUCCCCUGGAUCAUCAGCGUCUUCAAACUACGACCGUUCUACUUCUUCAAGGUAAGUGGCUAGCUGCACUCGCACGCAAACGCUCAACCACUCACAGUAGAUUGAAAUGGUCUUGUCAACCCCUACCCACACACACGUAUGUAUUGAAGCAAUAUCUCUAACCAAUAACGCAAUGACACACACGCCAUAAUCCAACCAUACACACAUUCACAUGAAAUGUCUACCGGUACACACACACACACAAUCUGACGUCGACCUACGCUGAAUAUGUGUACAUGCAGGUGAUUGAGGUGUUCAUCCGCUCGGAAGAGGGUCUGUCCCGGGACAUGGUGAAGCACCUGAACUCCAUCGAAGAGCAGGUGCUAGAGUGCCAGGCCUGGACAGCAGACUCUGUGCUGUGGGAGGCCUUGGAGCAGGCUCACAACAAGGUCCCCACCGUGGAGGAGGUGAGCAGCCAGAAACACUACAACAACAAUGCACAGCCCAUUGGGGAUCUACUGUACAUCAGAAAAUGUUUUUUACUGUUGUGUUAUCGUGGUGAAUAAGUUAUAAUAUAAGCUGCAGUCAUUUAACUUUGGAAUGUGUUGAGCUAGAGCCUGCCUCAGUCUUUAACUGACAAAGUAUUUUUAUGCUGUUAACUGUGCCUAGUGCAUUUUGAUUAGGCACUUUAAACCCAACAAAUCACAACAAUGCAAGCCAUAUAAUAGUAAAAGUACACGAUCCUAGCUAACAUGGACCAAAGGGAAUUCCCAUAAGGAUAGGGGUCACAGUUAACAGACUUGAUAUAUUUGUAAAUGGUUAACUAUUCCUAACUGAUCUUCCUCCUCUCUAUCGUAUCCAGGUGAACUUCCCCAGUAGUUUUGACACGGGGAGCAACAGCAGUGCUGGUCCCUCCCACCUUCCCCUGGUGGCCCUCUCCCCCAUCAUCCACCCCCGCAUCCGAGAGUUUAGAACGGGCCUGAGCAGCGCACGCAAAGGUAGGCCAUCUUGGUGUCAGAGGCUCUAUCUCAAUUAGGCUAUCCACGAUUCCUCGCAUUGAAUCUCCUCGCCACCUCAACCGUAUUGGAGGAGAAGGUACAUGGACCUUCUUCUCAAAUCUGCUUCAGAACGAGGCAGGUAGAGAGGAUGCGAGGAAUUGAGAAAAGAUGAAUUGAGAAAGAGCCAGUAUGUCAGCAUUUCUUAUUUUUUCCCUUUUGUGUAUGUCAGUAUUGUAUGCCACAGUGUGUGUCCUCAAUCAGCCACUAGAGGGAGAUUGUAUCAAUCUUUGUGUUCACAUGGAGUGGUGUGACUUUAAUGUCCCUUUUGAUUACAGUAGAUUAUACAUCCAUACUGUCCUCAAAAUAACAUGAAAGCUCUCUCUCUUGAAAUAACGGCAUAUCAUUUUCGACUCUCAGGCUUAUGCUAAGUUCCCCAGGAUAAUGAAUGCUCUUUCAAGUCUAACAAACUGAACCUCUGUCCUUUUCCCAGACAUUCCUCCGUCGCCCUUAUCCGUCCACGACCGUUACAGCUCCCCGGCGGCAGGCAGUGCCAAGCGGCGUCUGUUUGGGGAUGACAGCAGCAGCCAGGCCCAGCAGUCCCUUGCCAAGAGGCUCACGUUCACGCCUGGGGGGACGCUGAAGAUCGAGACCCCCACCAUACUCAAUAUGACCACAGCCAAUGGCCAGCAGCUCAGCAUCCCACUGCAAGGUACAGCCGCCGCGAUAACACUUAUCGCACACUGUGUUAUUUAGACACAUUUUUGGUCAGUUAAAUUAAGGAUGUACACUACCGGUCAAAAGUUUUAUAACACCUACUCAUUCAAGGGUUUGUCUUUAUUUUUACAAUUUUCUACAUUGUAGAAUAAUAGUGAAGACAUCAAAACACAUAUGUAAUCAUGUAGUAACCAAAAAAGUGUUAAACAAAUCAAAAUAUAUAUUUUAUAUUUGAGAUUCUUCAAAUAGCCACCCUUUGCCUUGAUGACAGCUUUGCACACUCUUGGCAUUCUCUCAACCAGCUUCAUGAGGUAGUCACAUGGAAUACAUUUCAAUUAACAGGUGUGCCUUGUUAAAAGUUAAUUUGUGGAAUUUCUUUCCCCCUUAAUGCGUUUGAGCUAAUCAGUUGUGUUGUGACAAGGUAAGGGUGGUAUACAGAAGAUAGCCCUAUUUGGUAAAAGACCAAGUCCAUAUUAUGGCAAGAAUAGCUCAAAUAAGCAAAGAGAAACGACAGUCCAUCAUUACUUUAAGACAUGAAGGUCAGUCAAUCCGGAAAAUGUCAAGAACUUUGAAAGUUUCUUCAAGUGCAGUCGCAAAAACCAUCAAGUGCUAUGAUGAAACUGGCUCUCAUGAGGACCACCACAGGAAUGGAAGACCCAGAGUUACCUCUGCUGCAGAGGAGAAGUUCAUUAAAGUUACCAGCCUCAGAAAUUGCAGCCAAAAAUAAAUGCUUCUCAGAGUUCAAGUAACAGACACAUCUCAACAUCAACUGUUCAGAGGGGACUGUGUGAAUCAGGCCUUCAUGGUCGAAUUGCUGCAAUGAAACCACUACUAAAGGACACCAAUAAGAAGAAGAGACUUACUUGGGCCAAGAAACACGAGCAAUGGACAUUAGACCGGUGGAAAUGUGUCCUUUGGUCUGGAGUCCAAAUUUGAGAUUUUUGGUUUCCAACCGCUGUGUCUUUGAGACGCGGUGUGGGUGAACGGAUGAUCUCCGCGUGUGUAUUUCCCACCGUAAAACAUGGAAGAGGAUGUGGGGGUGCUUUGCUGGUGACACAGUCUGUGAUUUAUUUAGAAUUCAAGGCACACUUAACCAGCAUGGCUACCACAGCAUUCUGCAGCAAUACGCCAUCCCAUCUGGUUUGGGCUUAGUGGGACUAUCAUUUGUUUUUCAACAGGACAAUGUCCCAACACACAUCCAGGCUGUGUAAGGGCUAUUUGACCAAGAAAGAGAGUGAUGGAGUGCUGCAUCAGAUGACCUGGCCUCCACAAUCCCCCGACCUCAACCAAAUUGAGAUGGUUUGGGUUGAGUCGGACCGCAGAGUGAAGGAAACCAGCCAACAAGUGCUCAGCAUAUGUGGGAACUCCUUCAAGAGUGUUGGAAAAGCAUUCCAGGUGAAGCUGGUUGAGAGAAUGCCAAGAGUGUGCAAAGCUGUCAUCAAGGCAAAGGGUGGCUAUUUGAAGAAUCUCAUUUGUUUAACACUUUUUUGGUUACUACAUGAUUCCAUGUGUGUUAUUUCAUAGUUUUGAUGACAAUGUAGAAAAUAGUAAAAAUAAAGAAAAACCCUUGAAUGAGUAGGUGUUCUAAAACCUUUGACCAGUAGUGUAUACGGAUAAAUCCAUUUGAAUUCAUUCACUUUUUGACAGCACCCAUUUUGAUUUUUUUUAUAAACCUUCCAUACAUAUUUGACCAUUGUAGAAGUGCUCAGAAAGUGACUUUUUGGACCUGAAUGCCAAAACAUUUAAGAGAUAAAGGUGCUCAAAGUUGACCCAUUUUGCAUACCCCACAAUACCAUGAGACAUCAUCUCUUCAUAACUGGAAAAGAUAAACAGUUAAGAUUGAUAUAAUUUAAAAGCUUACAAACAGGGUUGUCAAACUAUUUUAUAACUUAUGGGGAAAAAAUUGUUUUUUAUUUAAAGAAAAUACCUUUAGCCUCAAUUAUAAAAAUAAUAAUAAUCGUUGUAGCUUAGACCAUAUUUUACAUAAUCUAAGGUAGGGAUUGGCAACAGGUGUCCCUUUCGUAGGCCCGCGGAUCAAACGUUGUCAAGAGGGGGGCCGCUAAAAUGUUUUGCUUGCAAUUUCACUUAGGGCCCCCAAAAGGCUAGGGCCGGCUCAGACUGUGGGUAUGGAUGUAGGGACGCAGACCCCUGAGCCACUGCGGCCCCUCAUGAUGAGUUCAGAUUUUUUGUGGCGCCCAUCCCUGAUCUAAGUUUUUUGUGUUGUGCCUGCCUUCGGUUGAGACACAACAUGCUCUUGAAUACAGGCAGGGUGUCAUGUUUUGGCUGAUAAAUGUACUUUCAAAUGGUACCACAAAGAGAAUGUUGAGUUGAAUGGGAAUAUCUGUUGUUUUAAAUUAUACUGUCAAUCCUCCAUAGGAAAUCUAUUGAAAUCAUAGAAAUGUAGAUUAUAGAAUAGACAUGACAAUUUAAGUUGACAUUCGACAGUGGGUGGACCGGCAGUUAUCUUUGUGGUAGUAAUAAGAAGUCAAAAAUGCAUUCAAUUUUAAAUGUCAAUGGUGUACCAGCUAGAUUGCAGUUGUCUGAAGAGAUAGAAUGAACCUAUGUGUUAAAUUUCUAUGAUAGAAAUGACACCCACCCUAUAUUCAAGAGCAUUUUGUGCCUCAACCGAUGGUAGGCAAAACACAAAAACCUCAGCUGAUGUGAAAUAGGGUCUAUGCUAUAACAUGGGGGGAAAAAUCAAUAGUUACGUAUCGGGAUAUAAUUUUUGAUGAUAUAUCGUAUCGUUUUGACUAUCACAAUAUUAUUUGCACCAAAACCCUUCAUAGCUUGUUCUCCAUCUUCUUUUUAAAUAGGGAGCCAAUUAGAUUUCAGCACUUAUUUCCAUGACUGAUCAAAACUUGUUUUUCUCAUGGCUCUCUUGUACUUCAGCAGCAGACAUGGUGAGCAAUAUGUUUGGAACAUCAAAACGAUAUAAAAUCACAGAAUCUAAUUGCAAUACAUACGGAAUCGUGAAAAUCGCCACCAAAGUAUUGUGAUAAUAUCGGUCCCAGGCAAUUCCCAGCCCUAUUGCAAAUAUGGAAAACAAAUCGGCAUUUACGCAUUUUUAGAUAAUUGACAUUAAAGGUUUAAAAAUGACUAUUUAUUCAAACACAUAUUUAUUUAUUUUUUAUCUCCGGAAUGUUUUGGACUUCAGGUCUAAAAAGUCACUUUCUGACCACUUCUUCUAUGUGCAACCAAGUAUGGAAAGUUUUGUUUAAAUCAAAAGGGAUGCUGUCAAAAAGUGAUUGAAUUAACAUGGAUUUACCCAGUGGGCAAAAAGUACCCAAUUGUCAUUCUUGAGUAAAAGUAAAGAUACCUUAAUAGAAAACGACUCAAGUAAAAGUGAAAGUCAUCCAGUACAAUACUACUUGAGUAAAAGUCUAAAAGUAUUUGGUUUUAAAUUUACUUAAGUAUCAAAAGUAAAUGUAGUUGCUAAAAUAUACUUAAGUACAAAUCAUUUCAAAAUCCUUAUAUUAAGCAAACCAGAUGGUGACAUUUUCUAGUUUUUUUUAUUUACUGAAAGCCAGGGAGACACACUCCAACACUCAGACAUAAUUCAUAAAUGAAGCAUGUGUGUUUAGUGAGUCCGCCAAAUCAGAGGCAGUAGGGAUGACCAGGGAUGUUCUCUUGAUAAGCACGUGAAUUUGACCAUUUUCCUGUCCUGCUAAGCAUUCAAAAUGUACUGAGUACUUUUGGGUGUCAGGGAAAAUGUACGGAAUAAAAAGUACUGUAUUUUCUUUAAGAAUGUAGUGAAGUAAAUUGUCAAAAAUAUAAAUAGUAAAGUACAGAUGACCCAAAAAACUACUUAGGAGUACUUUGAAGUAUUUUUACUUAAGUACUUUACACCCCUGGAUUUACCCAUAUCCAUCUUGUGGCUGAUGUUUUAUUUUUUAAUUAAGGAGAAGGCCUUUAAAAAGUGAUUUAAAAACACUAGAAAGGAUACCACUACGGUUCUGGAGGAUAGUGGUGUCCCCAGAUUUAUUUUGUCCGUAUCUUGUAUAAGAAUCUCUCAUAAAUGGUCUGCGGACUUUAGCUAACAAAUUAAUGAGUAUAGAAUGUACAGUCGUGGUCAAAAGUUUAGAGAAUGACAUAAAUAUACAUUUUCACAAAGUCUGCUGCUUCAGUUUUUAUGAUGGCAGUUUGCAUAUACUCAAGAAUGUUAUGAAGAGUGAUCAGAUGAAUUGCAAUUAAUUGCAAAGUCCCUCUUUGCCAUAAAAAUGAACUUAAUCCCCCAAAAACAUUUCCACUGCAUUUCAGCCCUGCCACAAAAGGACCAGCUGACAUCAUAUCAGUGAUUCUCUUGUUAACACAGGUGAGAGUGUUGACGAGGACAAGGCUAGAGAUCACUCUGUCAUGCUGAUUGAGUUAGAAUAACAGACUGGAAGCUUUAAAGGGAGGGUAGUGCUUGAAAUCAUUGUUCUUCCUCUGUUAACCAUGGUUACCUGCAAGGAGACACGUGCCAUCAUCAUUGCUUUGCACAAAAAGGGCUUCACAGGCAAGGAUAUUGCUGCUAGUAAGAUUGCACCUAAAUCAACCAUUUAUCGGAUCAUCAAGAACUUCAAGGAGAGAGGUUCAAUUGUUGUGAAUAAGGCUUCAUGGCGCCCCAAAAAGUCAAACAAGCGCCAGGACCUUCUCCUAAAGUUGAUUCAGCUGCGGGAUCGGGGCACCACCAGUGCAGAGCUUGCUCAGGAAUGGCAGCAGGCAGGUGUGAGUGCAUCUGCACGCACAGUGUGGUCCUCUGUAGCUCAGCUGGUAGAGCACGGCGCUUGUAACGCCAAGGUAGUGGGUUCGAUCCCCGGGACACCCAUACACAAAAAAAAAAAAUUAUGCACGCAUGACUGUAAGUCGCUUUGGAUAAAAGCGUCUGCUAAAUGGCAUAUUAUAUUAUUUAUUAUAAAGACUUUUGGAGGAUGGCCUGGUGUCAAGAAGGGCAGCGAGGAAGCCACUUCUCUCCAGGAAAAACAUCAGGGGACAGACUGAUAUUCUGCAAAGUUACAGGGAUGGACUGCUGAGGACUGGGGGGUAGUCAUUUUCCCUGAUGAAUCCCCUUUCUGAUUGUUUGGGGCAUCCGGAAAAAAGCUUGUCCGGAGAAGACAAGGUGAGUGCUACCAUCAGUCCUGUGUCAUGCCAACAGUAAAGCAUCCUGAGACCAUUCAUGUGUGGGGUUCCUUCUCAGCCAAGGGAGUGGGCUCACUCACAAUUUUGCCUAAGAACACAGCCAUGAAUAAAGAAUGGUACCAACACAUCCUCCGAGAGUAACUUCUCCCAACCAUCCAAGAACAGUUUGGUGACGACCAAUGCCUUUUCCAGCACGAUGGAGCACCUUGCCAUAAGGCAAAAAGUAUAACUAAGUGGCUCAGGGGAACAAAACAUCAACAUUUUGGGUCCAUGGCCAGGAAACUCCCCAGACCUUAAUCCCAUUUGAGAACUUGUGGUCGAUCCUCAAGAGGCGGGUGGACAAACAAACAACCCACACAUUCUGACAAACUCCAAGCAUUGAUUAUGCAAGAAUGGGCUGCCAUCAGUCAGGAUGUGGCCCAGAAGUUAAUUGACAGCAUGCCAGGGCGGAUUGCAGAGGUCUUGAAAAAGAAGGGUGAACACUGCAAAUAUUGACUCUUUGCAUAAACUUAAUGUAAUUGUAAAUAAAAGCCUUUGACACUUAUGUAAUGCUUGUAAUUAUACUUCAGUAUACCAUAUUAACAUCUGGCAAAAAUAUCUAAAAACACUGAAGCAGCAAACUUUGUGAAGACCAAUACUUGUGUCAUUCUCAACUUUUGACCACGACUGUAUGAAGUUAUUCCAGAAGAAUGAAUAGCGACUAAAAAUCAUGGUCCAUUUGGUACCAUCACAUACGAGUUACCUGAAUUUUCAGUAAUCUAUGGUAACUUUGGACAUUUAUAGUUGAAUAACUUGUUUUUAAUUAUUCCUGCAUAGUAUUCGUUUUUUUAUGUGUCCAUGAAUUUCUAGUGGAUAGACCAUAUGGUUCAACAGAAAAUUGCCUAAUUAAUGAAAAAAAGCAUCUACUCAACAAUGGCAUUAUUUUCAAUUAACUCUGCAACUCUUCCAACUAUUGAGUUUUUUCACAACUGCUACCAAUUUGUCACCAAAACAUUUACAACAGACAUUGACAAGGUAAAAUAAAUAAAAGUUGUAAAAAUUAAAAAAAUAUUUCAUGCUGACAUCCUCAUUCACUAAGUUGAUGGUUUAUAUUUAGGAGGCCACACAGGGCCACACAGAGGGUCAGAGAUAAUUAGUCCCCUGUGAUAAUCUGAAGUACCCAAAAAGGCCACUAGAUGUAAUCUUAUAAAAUUCAUUAAAAAAACUUGAAAGCUACCAAAAUUCUGGUAGUUUACUGGUAAACUCAGAAAGUUUCCAGUAAUAUACCCUCCCUUUGCAACCCUACACGGAACAUACUUUUGGUCAUUUUAUUGAUAUGAAAUUGCGCAACGCCUCCACAAGCCAAUCGUCCCCGCCUGUUCUGAGUACAAUGUGCCUGUGUGACCCCCAGGUAUAAAGAAUGAUCUGGGAGGCAUCACACUGAUCCAGGUGCAGACCGGAGGGGAGCCCGGCAGCCCCAUUACAGCCCAGGUCCUCCUGACAGCCUCACCCAGCCCGGCACCCCAGGCCCAGCCAGACCCCCAACAGAGCCGGCCCCGACGCACAGGCUCCUUGGCCCUCUUCUUCAGGAAGGUGAAACAGAGGGCACACACAGGCUGCGUCACAAAUGGCACCCUAUUCUCUGUAUCAGUGGUUCGCAAAUCUGUCCUCGGGUACCCCCAGCCGUUCCACGUAUCUAUUCCAGAGCUAGCAAACCUGAUUGUAAACUAAUCAUCAAGCCCUUGACUAGUGAGUCAGGUGAGCUAGUUCAGGGCAACAACAAAAUUUGUGAAACGUAUAGGGGUCCCAGAGAGGUUUGAGAACCAUGUCCGAUAUGGUGCACUACUUUUGACCAGAGCCUUGUGGGCCCUGGUCAAAAGUAGUGCACUAUAUAGGGAAUAGGGUGCCAUUUGGGAUGCAUACGAAGUCAGAACAGCACACAGUCAUUAUCUACAGGGGGGCUUUAUUUUUUUCUUCACAUGCCACACAAAUAAUGAAUAAUGGUGUAAGUAGUACUAGCUGUUACAAAUAACUCAAAUGUUUCACUCUUGGAGAUGUUUCCUUGGUGCAUUGAAAAUCUUCAGCCAGCUGAGACACAUUAUCUCCCUCUCUCGCCCUCUCUGUAGGUGUACCACCUGGCCAGUGUGCGGCUAAGAGACCUGUGCGUGAGGCUGGACAUCUCGGCAGAGCUGCGGGGGAAGAUCUGGACGUGCUUUGAGCACUCCGUCGUCCAGUGUCCGGAGCUGAUGAAGGACAGACACCUGGACCAGCUCCUCCUUUGCGCCGUCUACAUCAUCUCUAAGGUACUGAAGCACUGGUUGUUUUAGCUACUUAAGUUGAAUGCAUUGAUUUGUAAGCCUCUCGAGAGCGUCUGCUAAAUAUGCCUUUCUACGCCGCUGUGUUUCUGGAUUCACUGAAUGAGUUGAGGGAUGUUCUGUUGGUCUUGAACAGAGGGAUUGACACAGGUGAUAAUGACUUGAUUAGAAUCCGUUAGUCAAUUAUUUCUGUCAUACAGGGUACUUAAUAUGAUACUUUCUUGUUUUAAUUUUUUCUCAUGUGGACAAUAACCUUGAAUAAAAUGUUUCGUUAUUUUAUACUCUUUCAUUAAUCUUUCUUUUUUUCAAUUUCUAAGAAAAUUGUUAGACUUACAUUCCCUAUUAAAACACAGAAUACCCUUUAUAUUCAAAUUUGACAAAUGUAUUCCCUUGUUUCUUAAUAUAAAAUGUCCUCUACUUUUCUGCACCAUCAAGAAAUCUGACUGAAAACAUUUGUAAUGCGUUCUUUUGGAUUCAUUAUUUUAUUGAAGAACUGCAGGUGUUUCUGUGGACUUAAGGAACUACUGUAUACAGUUGAUUUAGUUGGUUCUGGAUACAAUACUACUGCCUCCUAGUAGUACUGCCUCUUUAUGGAACCCUUGCUGAUCCAAGGUAGAGGUCAUCUUUUGGGCAAAGGUUGGUCUAGCAGUCACAGCCAAUGCCGACAGCACAUAUGUCUGUUCUCGAAUCUCAGCCCCACUGCUCUUCCUCUCUGUUCUGGCUGUCUGUUGAAUCAAAAAUACAAGAGUGAUCAUUUCCAGACAGGCCCAGGUCCCUUGGUGCAUCCCACCACGGAUCACUUGACGUAGCCGGCUAGGUCAGUGCCCUUGAGCCGGUACUUGGUGGAGUCCUAGACCCCCCUGGUCUGGAGCUUGGCACAGAUCUUGCUGUGUUUCUCUAGUCUGUAAUAACUAUACCCGGGAGGAAUCUUCUAGAUUGUCUUGUUAAAACUGGUGUUCUAUGUUCCCUAGUCACCAGAAUGUUGAAACGGAAUGUUUGGAAUGUAUUGAUUAGUUGUGACAUCAUGGCUGGCUCAGACAUGGCAUUCUAAUUCUAUGGGCUCACAUGCUUAUGUAGUUGUGAUGUCAUUAUGGACAAACACUGCCCAAAAUGGUAAAUAUUGUGACCUACCUGUGUUGAACUGCUUGCCCUCAUCUCAUAUUUAAACAUAGAUGCAGUAAAGGAGUCAAUGGAUUGGUGCACAUUUAACAAAUCUGAUCUAACAGAGUGGAUAUCCGUCAGGAUUUAUGUAUUGUAACAGGCCUAUACCAUGUGGUUACUUAAGUCCGAUUUUGAUAUAUUUGGCUGUUUUCACUGCAUAACAUUUAGAAGUUGUCCCUUUUCAGUUUUAGAAGUGACUGCUAAAUGCUAACUCCCAUUCUUAUAAGCUGGUUAGCAUAGCUAGCAUACUGGUAGUCAGCCGUUUUUUAACUGUAAUGCAGUUGAUUGGUAACGAUGACAUGAACGUGUUGGGGUUGACAUCCAUACAAAGCAUUAUACUGCGAUUUUUACCUCAACAUAGUGUGAAAUACACAAUAACCUAAAUGCAGGCAGAUUUUGCUGUGGGGGGGCAAUGAGGAGACUCUCCAUCUUGCUCCUGUGGCCCUUUCCCCCACGCGUUUCCAUGGCAAUUUCAUUGUUAUGGUCGAGUUCGAUUGACCUCUACCGCAUCUGUGGCACAUUUCCUUGAGGGGAAACUGUAAUAUGACAAUUGACUCAAUAAUACAGUGUGUGUGUGUCCGUCCUACUGCAAUAACUGACGUACUCCGGAUGGCCCAUAUCAUAAUCAUCACCUUAUCUUACUGACUCAAUGUGACCUUCAGCAGAAUUGACUCAUUUUCACUGUAGAAUAUUGUUCUGACUGCAUAGGCAUAUAAGUCCUCCCAAUAUUCCAGAGGGCUAUUUUGUCGUCCCCCCCCCCCCCAAUAAUAUUCAAUCCAUUGAAUGCGCCGCUUGGUUCAUAGAACCGAUAUCCGCUAUUGACAUUUGUGACAAACAGAGCGUUUCUUUAUUUUUGUUUUUACAAAUUUGCCUCUAACUUUUGAACAGUUGUGGCUAUCAGCUAUUAUGAUCCCAUUCCUGAAAGCUAAGACUCUCAGGAACACGUGUCUUAUGUUUCCCUCUACCACACCCACAAGCCGCGCAGGACACAAUCUCAUUUGAAAGCAAUGCAGAUCUUCUUUUCUACACACAUCCACACACUUACUACCAGAUGAUCCCAAUACCUUUCUGAUGAAUUUCAGUCACUACAAACAAUAAAUCCUUCCAAUUGAAAUGUGGCCUACCUGAUUUGACAUGUCUUUGUGUUAUGUUGUGCAUUAAUUGAGGUAAUGGCAGUAAGGCAAAAUUCAAAAUUCAGAAGUUUCAUCAACAUUUUUUUACACAUUUGUUUCUGAUAGCCCCAGGUGUCCUAAAAUAGAUAAUCAAAUAGUAAUGACAUGGACCAUCAAGCUAUCUUAAAACAAUUAUGUGUUAGGGUAGUAGAUAUAGAGAGAACGCAUUGAUACUUUUUUUGGGGGGGGGGAAUAAAACGCAAUUGUCACAUUGUUUUAACCCAAGCUGUACCCAGAGGAAGAAGGCCAUGUUUUGCCAGCCCCUGGCACUAACACGUUUAAGUAACGCUGUCAUAAAGCAUUUCAGCAUACAUUUAUUUUCUCAUUUUCUGAGUGAUUGUUGCUUGAAUUCCUAUUAAUAGUAUACAUAUGAAUGUUGUUGUAGAUUACGAAAGAAGGCCACACGUUCCAGGACAUCAUGAAAUGUUACCGCAGUCAACCACAAGCCAGCAGUCAUGUAAGUAACCCACAUGCCAGAUUUUUCUGAACACUUCAGUACUUUAUUUCAAGAUCUUCUCCAAAACACUUCUGCAGAGAGAGGUGCCUUUUUGUGGUGUAUAGUCAGAAAACUGAUUUUAAUAUAAACCACUAAUAUUGUAUUACAUAUAGAAUUUGUGCCUGUCGUAUAGCAUAAAAUAAUUUUUGCGUGAUGUGUUCCUUAUGGAUCUUGUGUGUACCCACUCCACAGGUCUACCGCAGUGUCCUCAUCCGGCCCAGCAGCACUAGAGAACAGCCCUCAGACGAGAACAUGGAAGUGGACCCCACCUCUGGUGGAAAAUGUAAGACAGCUCGCCCCCAAAUUGCCUUUCUAUCUGCUGGAGUAUAGCCAGGUGGUUCGGAUAGUUACUUUCGGACCACUAAAAGAUACCUCAUACCUGAGCUGAGAGAGACUCUGGAACUGAAUCCCACUGAAUGUCACCUGAAUGAAUGUCCAGCUGUUAGAAAAUGUAGUUUUCAUAUUCUUUUUUUAUUGUAUAAAAAAAAUGGUUAUUGAUACGGUAGGCAGACUCUUUGGUGAUAUGAGUAUCCGUUAUUGAACAAUGCACCCACCAGUCUUAAUUUCAGCUGCUGAGAAAGCCGACCAGAGCAGCAGAGAGGAGGCCCCUGUCCAAGGCGAGGAGCGCGGCGACCUCAUCCAGUUCUACAACUCUGUCUAUGUGCUGAAGAUAAAGGGCUUUGCCCUCCGAUACGCCGCCCCCAGCAUGGACAACAGGGUAUGGUAUGAGGUCUGAUACCAAAAGGCUCGGAGACCGUUUCUAUCUACAAGCAAUCUGAACUGGUCUGACCACCUGCACUGACUCUCCGCACCUUAGCACACAUGCACUCACUCACCGCACAGACACACACAUCCACACACAUAUACAUUCAUGCUACACACAAAUCACAACUGCUGCUACCAGACUCUUAUUUACUAUUGUUAAUACUGCACAAUUGAAACAGUUGCCCCCUAAUUCCCCCUGCCCUGAUACAUGUGUAAAUAUUGUACUAUAAAUUGUGCCUUCCUAUAUUCUACUGUGCCAUUUACUUUCUGUUCGUAUUAUCUUUUAUUAUUUCGUAUUGUUGCAUUGUUGAAGGAACCUGCAAGUUAGCAUUUUGUUGGACGGUGUAUACCAUGUGUAUCCUGUACAUAUGACUAAUACAACUUUAACCAUGGACAGAACUUCUGUCCUGACACCAGUCUACACUUUCGGUCUCUAUAAUACAUUAGUAGUGUAUUUGUUGUUAGUUGUAGUUAUCUGUCAAAGCAGUCAGAGGUUUGAGGUUUGUAAGCUAGUUGUCUGUAGUUAAUUGUUUGUUCCCUCUUGUCUUCCAGAUGGAGGCCCCUCCUCUGUCUCCGUUCCCCUCGAUGAGAGCCCAGCCGCUGUCCCCCCGCCGCAUCUCCCAGAGACACUCGAUCUACGUGUCCCCACACAAGAAUGGCUCCUGUCUCACCCCCAAUUCUGCCUACACCUACAAGAUCAACGGCAGCCCCUCCAAAGUAUGUUCCCACCCUUAUGCAUUUGUGUGUGUUUGUAUUAUAAAGUGGCUGUACAGAAGUUUAGUUGCUAAUUGUUACCUCAAAUUGUGUUGUCUGUAUGGUUCAUAUACACAUACUUUAACAUAAAUACAUGUAUUAACUCGUGAAUCAACAUAAUCCAUACUUUGCACAUGUGUGGGGAGGUGUGGUCCUUUCUUUCCAAUUAGGUAAUUUAUGGACAAUAUUACAGUCCAUUUACCUUGGUUUCUCAAACCUCUCCUCAGGGAACCCCAGGCGUUUCACAUUUUUGCUGAACUAGCACCCCUGAUUUGAAGUAGUCAAGGGCUUGAUGAUUAGUUGACAAGUUGAUCAGGUCAGGCGUGUUAGCUCUGGAAUAAUUAAAAUGCAUAUAAUAGCUGGGUGUCCGUGAGGAGAGGUUUGAGAGGCUGAUUUAGGGGACCCCUUUUGGCUCAGGAGCACUCCCAGGGGCAAAGGUUCCUUUUACUGCCUGUGUGUAUGUUCAUGUUAGCUCACCCCUCCUUCCCCAGGAGCUGACUGACAUCAACAGGAUGAUCCGCCAGGGCGGGGUGAGCAGGAAAAGGGCCUUUUCCAUGGAGGGCGACUACUUGGGCGAGUCCCCCACCAAACGGGUGUGUCCCGAGAGCGAGGAUGUGCUGCUCAAACGGCUGCAGGAUGUGGUCAGUGAGAGAGCCCACCACUGAGAGAGCCCACCACUGAGAGAGCCC